CACGCUGCCGGCCGGGGCCCCUGGUGUAAGAUAUCAAAACAACCCUGUUGGCUCAACCUCUGAGCAGCUGGCAACACGUAGGCUACGUGAACAUGUCAGCCUGACUGAGAACCUCGGACAGAAACACGCAGCGGCGGCGGGCAGCAGCAGCCUCGGAACGACUGCCGCAUAAGCGACGAGAUUCGAGUUCACGGCGUUUACCUCCCGACACGUUUCUCUCUCUCUUGAGUCCCGAAAUGACGCAGAACAGCAGCUUCGUCUUCAGCAGCACGGCGCUGCGCUCGCUGCAGCUGGACGAGGACAUGCUGGAGCGACACAGACACCAGAGGAGGGUGGCCUCCAGCCAGCUCACCGGCUACAUGCUGAAGAAGGAGGCCCGGAGCCGGCAGCUGCUGGCGUCUGGGACCUCGGCGCCGCCCGCGGUGUGCAAGGACCUGGUCACCCAGAACGCCCUGUACACCGGAGACCUGGAGGCCCUCCGAGAGCUGUUCCCCAAGGACUCCAGGGCCAACUUCAUCAUCGAGCCCCGGGGCGGGGACAUGCGUUGGGUCGCCAGCGGGGAAGGGCUGUGGUCCCUAUCCUACGAGCAGGAGCUGACCACGCCGCUCCACAUCACGGCGUGUCGGGGCUUCGCCGACUGCCUUCGCCUCCUCCUCCAGCGGGGGGCCGACGUGGAGCUGGCACCCGGCGGCAGCACGGCGCUGCACGAGGCCUGCGAGAGCUGCCAGCCCGAGUGCGCCAAGCUGCUUCUGAGCCACGGGGCCAACGCCAACGCCGUCUCCGAGGACGGCCUCAUGCCCCUGCACGUCUGCACCCUGCCGGAGUCCCUCGAAUGUGCCCGGCAGCUCCUCCAGUACGGCGCCGCCAUCACGGGCCGCAGCGUGGACGAGGAGGACACGCCCCUCCACGUGGCGGCCCGGCACGGCCUCCCGGAGCACGCCGACCUCUACCUGCGCUACGGCGCGGCGGUGGACCGCCGCAACGAGGAGGAGCUCACGCCCCUCGGCGCGGCCUGCGCCCACCCCCACGAGGCCCACGAGCUGACCCGGUACCACCGGGUCUGCCAGCUGCUGCUGGCGGCCGGGGCCCGCGUGGGGCCCCUGGACCGCGACAAGCGCACGCCGCUGCACAUGGCGUGCAAGCAGGCCAACGCGGACGUGGUGGAGCUGCUGCUGGCCAACGGGGCGGGGGUGAACGACAUGGACUACGGCGGCGAGGCGCCCAUGCACAACAUCCUGAAGGUGGCGUGUUAUAAGACGGCGCACCAGCCGGAGAGGGUGGUGCAGUCGCUGCUCAACUACGGGUCCAUACGGGUGUGGCCCGGGGCCCUGCCCGUGGUAGGUCCAUCUACAGCUACUUUAACUUUAUCUUACUGCCCGUGGUAGGUUCAUCUACAGCUACUUUAACUUUAUCUUACUUCCUUUACCCUCCAUGGUACGUUCAUCUUCAUCUACUUUAACUAUGGUUUGGCCACUUUAUUUUACCUCCUGUCAAAUAAAGUUAUUAUUAUUUCAGUUUUUUUUAUUUCAGGCCCUUGUUACAUAGCCACUCUCCCAAAAAAGAGGACUAGCUCGUUGGCUUUGUAGGUCAGCCCGGCCUUGAGGAAUACUCAGGUCAUGCAUGGGAGGAGUGCAUGCAGGUAGGUGGGUAGGAAGGUAGACAGACAGGAAAGCCAUCCAAUCAAUUCAUUCAGGCAGAAUUAAAUGAUUGGACUGGUUAUUACAGGCCCUCAACAGCUACAGAUGGGUUGAAGUUUUGCCAAAAUAUUUGAUUAAUUUAUUUCUCUCUUUUAUGUUAAGAGAAUUUCAACAGAUUAGUAAAAAUGUGUCUAAAAAAAGCUGUAGCCUACUACCCCAGCUUUAACACUCGCACACAAAAACUCUUGGUCGUCGAUUCAGUUAGUUUGACAUUCUUUUUAUUUCCAAAAGGAAAGCCAGCACAAAAAGUGUAAUACACUUGGAGGUAACAAGCCGGCUUUGUGUGAAACUAAAGUCUUCACAACCUCACGAUUCCCUAUUCCGUGACACGACGUGAGGCGUUUCCCACUCCGCGGGGCGCUUGACUACCACUAUCGCUGCUGAACCCACGUGGGCCACAGCAGAAAGAGGCACGGCUCCUAAUUAGGCAAGUGUUAAUAGGAGAUUAAUUAGCGCUAAUUGCAUAAUUUCCAGUUAAACCCCUAGAGGGAAGACCAAUCUGUUCAUUUCACAAGUGUUUAAUUACUUCACUUAUUUUUAUACUAUGGAAUCACGAGCUCAGUCGCGCUGAACGGGUUUCCACCGUCCACUAGUUUAGCGUCUCUUUAGCUGUUGUGUCGCUAAACCCGCCUGACGGCCGUGAGUGUGCGUGUAUGUGUGUGUGUGUGUGUGUGUGUGUGUGUGU